AAAAUAACAUGAAAUUUAAAAAGAGGCAGCCCAGGCAGGCCACUUUGUUGGGCUAUCUAUAAUUUGUAGACUUAGCUGGCCUGGAAGAAGCCCAAAAACACACCCUUGAAUCAUAUUCGUACCCAUCAUCCUGGCGUAAAAAUGCAGCGUCGUUAUCAUCAAUCAGCGCCCCCGCACAAUCCACCAAUCCCAAUUUCCGAAAAAUUUACCCCAAAAAAAUCAAAAAAAGGAAAAUCCCAAAUUCUGAAAAAAUGGAUGAAGGCCAAACUCAAACCCUCCUCCAUUACUGGGGCAACACUCCAGAGCAAGACUACUACAAACUCCAAGGCAUCAAAGCCUUCUCUUCCAUCUACACCACCCCAAGAGGCUUGAAACUCUUCACCCGCUUAUGGCUUCCCCUUUCCUCCACUUCUACUCCUCCUCGCGGCCUCAUCUUCAUGGUCCAUGGCUAUGGAAACGACAUCAGUUGGACUUUCCAGGCCACCGCCAUCUUUCUUGCCCAGAAGGGUUUCGCCUGCUUCGCUCUCGACCUCGAAGGCCAUGGCCGAUCCGACGGUCUUAGGGCUUUCGUACCCUGCGUUGAUCUUGUCGUCCAAGAUUGCCUUUCCUUCUUCAAUUCCAUCAAACAAGACCCUCAAUUCCAUGGCCUGCCUUCCUUCCUCUACGGCGAGUCGAUGGGAGGUGCGAUUUGCCUCCUGAUCCAUUUUUCCGAUCCCGAUGGUUUCAAGGGCGCGAUUCUGGUGGCACCCAUGUGUAAAAUCUCCGAUAAUGUGAAACCCAAAUGGCCAAUCCCUCAAAUUUUAACCCAAGUAGCGAGAUUCUUCCCGACUUUGGCUAUCGUUCCGACUCCGGAUCUUAUGUACAAGUCCGUCAAGGUGAACGAGAAGAAGAUAAUAGCCGAUAAGAACCCGAUGAGGUACAGGGGAAAACCGCGGUUGGGUACGGUAGUGGAGCUGCUGAGAGUGACGGAGUAUUUGAGUAGAAGAAUAAGCGAUGUGAAGCUUCCGUUCAUCGUUGUACAUGGAAGUGCUGAUGUUGUGACUGAUCCGAAUGUGAGCAGAGCUCUGUAUGAAGAAGCAAAAAGCCAAGACAAAACCAUCAAGAUUUAUGAUGGAAUGAUGCAUUCUUUGCUGUUUGGUGAGACUGAUGAGAAUGUGGAAAUCGUUCGUGCUGAUAUUGUUUCAUGGUUGAAUGAUAGGUGCUGAUUGAUGAUUACAUAAGAUUAGAUUAUUGUCCUGUGGAGAAUGAAACAUCACGCAUUUUGCGUUGUUGUUCAUAUAUGGUGAGACGCGGGUAAUUCGAAUGGUGCACAACGACAACAAAUCAAUUUAUGUAUAAGGAUUUCUCUUGCGAAAAAAAAUAAAAAAAAAUAGUGGCAAAGCAGAGAGUUUAUACGAUUCAA